CAACAACAAUAAUUAGUCAUCUCUCUCUCUCUUCUUUCGACCCUAAAAGCUCUCUCGUGUCCUUUUAAUCAUCAAAAUCCUCUCAAUCGAAAGGAUCGAAUCUAUCGGAGCCGUCCAUUUUGAUCGGUAAGUAUCAAUCUGUUAGAUCUAGGGUUCUUCGCCGUGGGGAGAUUGAUGGUGUGAUUUUGCAAUUUGGAUAUAGAUCAGGCGUUCCUAGGGUUCUUCGCCCUCGGGUGUGAUUACAUUGUGGUGAAAUUGGAGUGGUGUACAUGGAGAGAGGUGGGAGGAGAUCCGGUGGUGUAUUAAUUAAGAAAAGAAGCUCCUCUGGUUGCUUGAUUCUCAAGAAGAAGAAGAGCGAUGGGCUUGCUAACUUUUCUCCGUUUCCGGAGACGAGUGAUUCUGAGUCUAGCGAUAAGCCCCUUAUGGCACACUAUGGCAAUGUAGAAGAGACCCGUUUUGGGGUGAAAAGGGAUUAUCCUGAGGAUUGUUUUCUUGAAAAUAGCAGAGAGUGGAAGGAGAGGCAUAGAUUAAAAGAUGAUGAUGAGUUAUUGAGGAGAUCCUAUGAUGGUAGUGGAGUUGGUAUCGGUAAGAAGUUAUGUAUGGGGUCUGCUCAAUUUGGCGGCACUAAUAAAGAAUGUGGAACUGCCUCUAGUAGUAAAUAUUUAGAUAUUAUUGAGAGGAAGAGAAGAAGACCAUGUUUAGAUAAAGUUGGUGGAAACGAGAGUAUACAGAGGAACUACAAGCUUGACAUGAAUUCCGAUCGACCAAUCAGGGUUCAGGGCAAAAAUGGUGUCCUCAAGGUGAUGCCCAACAAGCAUAAUAGGAUGCUGAGAGGAGGGUUACCUCAAAGUUCCACUCACGUCCAACCUCAAAAACCUGGGGAGACUGGUAAAAUACGCGUCGCUAUCCAGUCGCAGCCCGCUGUAAAGACUGAGAUUAUGCUUCCCCCUGCAAGGAUACACUCAAAUGGGUUGAAAAUACCAAUCAUGAAAAGCAAGGGCCAUGACCAAGAUUCUGAAGAUAGUGAUUCUUCAGGGCGGUUGCAGAAGAGGAUCACUCAACCUCAUAAGGUUUUGAAGAUUGAAAGAGAACAAACUUUACCUGAGGCGCCAAAAACCAGAGAAGGGAAGGUUAAGCGCGGUUCAGGCACGGAAAAGCAAAGAUUGCGUGAGCGAAUUAGAGAAAUGUUGCUGGACGCAGGGUGGACUAUUGACUAUAGACCUAGAAGGAACAGAGACUACUUAGAUGCUGUUUAUAUAAGCCCCCGUGGAACUGCAUAUUGGUCUAUUAUCAAGGCUUACGAAGCCCUUCUUAAGCAGGUCAAUAGUGGGGAAGAAGUGGCCAAACCACGUGAAGUUGGUUCCGCAGCUACUCUGAUCUCGGAUGAGAUACUCAGUCAGCUAACGCGGAAAACCAAAAGAAAGAUUGAAAAAGAUAUGAAAAGGGUGGAAGAAUGUGCCAAUGAUAGUGAUGGACAAGGAAGUCUUGGUGAUUUUACAGCUCCUCUUGAUGAAGCAUUUACACAUGGCUCACUGGAUUUAUCUGGUUGACCGUAGCUUGGUUAUAGACCGUGAGGAACAUAGUACACUCAGGUCCGUCCAGUUUCAGGUUUUUUCUUUUAUUGGUUUGUGUCAGAUCACUUAACGAAUCUUUGUACCAUUUAGUUGGUGGAGGACUUCUUCCAGUCAAUGUUUCAUCUCCUGGUAAACCUUGCAGCUUCAUGAUUGGAAAGUAUUGGAGAAGCUUGGUAUUAAGUGCGUACCAAUAGCUUUUUCCUGGAUCUUUCUCUGUAAUUUUAGCAUGUUGAAGGUGAUCAGUGUCAUUCUCUUGUUUCUUCUAUCAAAACACUAUUCUAGCUAGAUGUUUGUUAAAUAUUUUUUCUGUUGGAUGAAUCGGCGAUGACUCAAGGAGUCUUCUUCACGUAGCUUCUAAAUCUAGUUUUAAAUAUUAUUACUAACUUUUAUUUAUUUAUUUAUGAUAAUGCUUUUCUCAUU